GUGACGUGGAAGUUGCAGAAACGUACUGGCGAGAUGGAUGCGAUCGGUUGAACAUCCUGGCGAAUGAAGCGCAGGGGAAGAAUCUUGCACUGGGAUUUGCCGACGGGGAUGUCUACAACUGCACCAGGUAUGCUUCGGACUUUGACUGGGUGCGAAAAGUACAGGGCUGGCCAGAGCAAGCCGUUGGAUGGUUCCGGGAUUUCCUGCAAAACCGGCCCGGCGACCCGCCGCGCGAGAGCUACUUGCAGGACCUAAUGGCCGGAAAGAAGCCUGGAGAGGGAAGUACUCUUAUGGACUUGGCCCUAGCCACGGAUGCCUUCCGACGCAGUGAUCCGCUGGCGGACCUUCAGAAGAACCUGCAGCGGCAGCCGGAAUUAGACCGGCAGCGCCAGAGCGCUGAACAGCGCUAG